AUGGCUGGAAACACGUCGACCGACAUCUUGGUCGCCGGCGCAUUCGCUGCUUUCACGGUCGAUUUGCUCGUCUACCCUCUCGACACACUCAAGACUCGCUUCCAAUCGCCCGAAUACAAUCGCCUUUACCUCGACAAAGCUACCAAUGCCGUCAACAAGCAAGUCCUCUUCCGAGGCCUCUACCAAGGAGUCGGCAGUGUCAUCAUAGCCACCCUCCCCUCUUCAGGAGCCUUCUUCACCACCUACGAAGGUGUCAAGUCCACAUUCACCAAAUACAACCCUACCUUCUCUGGCUCCUCUCCUCUACUCCCGCAACCCAUCAUCCACUCCGCCGCAUCCUCGAUAGCAGAACUGGUCUCUUGUGCCAUCCUCACCCCUGCCGAGGUAAUCAAGCAGAAUGCCCAGAUGGUCGAUACAGCAAAAGGCGACAAUAAGGCCAACGCAACCCUCCAAACCCUCGCCAAAUUCAGAUCAAACCCAUUGGCAUUGUGGAGAGGCUACACAGCACUGGCAGGCCGCAAUCUGCCUUUUACAGCUCUACAAUUCCCCAUCUUCGAGCGUCUGAAGCAAGGAAUAAAGAAACACAGAGAGGACAGAGGAACACGGACAAACACACUGCUGGAAAACGGCUUGAUCACUGCCGCCAGUGCAGGCUCAGCUGGCGCCUUUGCCGCCGUCGUCACCACUCCAGUCGACGUUGUCAAGACACGCAUCAUGCUCGCCGCAGUAUCCAGCGCAGCCGAAGACCAAACAGGCAACACAAACUCAAACCCAAAAAGCCCCGUCGACGCCCUAGGUCGCUCCACCCAGAGCAAAACCGAAGGCCUCAAAGACGCACUCCAAAACAGCAAACAAGGUCUCAAAGACGCAAUACAAAAUGUCGCAAAGCCCGUGUCGCGGAAGGGCAGUAUACAGAUUGCCAGAGAAAUUAUCGCUGAUCAGGGAGUCAUCAAGGGCCUUUUCCGUGGUGGUGCUUUGAGGGCUGUGUGGACGCUGAUUGGGUCUGGACUUUAUCUUGGUGUCUAUGAGAGUGGGCGUGUAUAUCUGGCCCAGCGACGGGGUGAAGAUAUCGACAACGAGGAUAUAUAG